GCAAUCGAAACACAAGGUUUGGUUUCAUUGUGAUCUAGCUGAAAUGACUCUUUAUCCAUCAAUUCACAUAGCUAAAAGGCCACACAGGGAUAUAAAUUGAACGCACCCUUCCUCCUUCUUGAAAGGGAGGGUAACGUCAAGUUUGUGUGAAGUUGUGAAAAGUUGUCAAGCCGAAAAAAGAGCAAAGAAACUCCUCCCGUCUUCAAAUUAUGAGCAAUCAACAGCAGGGUGAAAUGGCCGCUGUGGAGAGCGGUGGAGGAUACAGUCAAAAGAGAAACACAAACUCACAAGACUCACAGCAGCCAUCACCUCUUGCCUUGUUGGCAGCCACAUGCAGUCGAAUUGACACCCCUGGAGAAAACGAUUCCCAAGCAGACCAGCAGCAAAGUCAGCAGCAACAGCUUGAACUAAAUCAGGGUGUUUUUACCUCCAGUGCCAAUGGCUGGCAGGUUAUCCCUGUCAGCAUGCUACCAUCUUCACCAACCUCAGGCUCUAACACUGUUACCACAGACUCCUCAGGCGUGAUGACAGGAGGAGACGCCAGCAAGAGCAGGCAGGUGCUGUCACCAUCAACUGCUGCCACCAGCGCUCACAGCCAGCAGCAACAGCAAUAUGUAGUAGCUCAGGCUCCAUCAAUGCCAGGCCAACAGGUGCUCACCACUCUUUCAGGGGUAAUGCCUAACAUCCAGUACCAGGUUAUACCACAGUUUCAGACAGUUGACGGCCAGCCGCUGCACUUUGCACAUGCUCAGCAGGACUCUGGUCUAUCUACCGCAGCUGGAGCAGGGCAGCAGUUUCAGAUAGUGUCUUCUCCUAAUGGUCAGCAAAUCAUAGCGGCAACAAACAGAGCUGGAGCAGCCGGAAACAUUAUAACCAUGCCGGGUGUGCUUCAGGGAGCCAUCCCCAUACAGAAUAUUAGCUUAGGCAAUGGUAUGUUACAAAACCAGCCCCAGUUCUUGGCUAACAUGCCAGUUUCUCUGAAUGGAAACAUCACUUUGUUGCCUGUCAGUAUGGGUGCUACAGGAGGAGAUGGAAGUGGUGGAGGAGAUGCAGGGGGCAACCAACUCAACCAGCAGCAAUCCCAGCAGCCUGUGUCUUCUACCAGCAGUGCAGGUUACAUGACAAGUGUAUCCACUGCCACCACACAGACCUCCUCUUCUUAUGGCAUUACCCAAACACAGAAGAGUAAUGGGUCGAUGACAGCAACCUUCCAGCAGAACCCAGCAACUUCUCUCGGUGUUCCAAUUCAGCCAGACAACAGAGACGGGCAGCAGCCUCAGCAAAUUCUUAUCCAGCCCCAGCAGAUUAUUCAAGGUGGAGCCCCUCUGCAGACCAUCCAGGCUGGCACUGUUACAACAGCAAGUGGUCAAGUUUUUGCUGCUCCAACUCUCAGCCAGGAAGGGCUUCAAAAUCUUCAAAUUAUGCCAAAUGCUGGGCCCAUCCUCCUGCGCACUGUGGGCCCCAAUGGCCAAGUUAGCUUUCAGACCAUUCAAAUCCAGAGUCCAGCCGGUACCCAAAUCACACUGGCCCCAGUUCAGUCUCUACCCCAGCUUGGCCAGGCACAGGGAACUGCUGGUGGGGGAGCAGUACCUGUCAACACGAUGCAGAUUCCAGGCAUUCAAACCAUAAAUCUCAACACUCUUGGAAGCACCGGGCUGCAGAUGCAUCAUCUGCAGGGAGUUCCCAUUACUAUUGCCAGUACAUCAGGUGAGCAGACACUGCAGACAGGUGGAGAAAGUUUGGAUGACAGUACAGCAAUGGAUGAUGAGGAUAUAAGCCCCCAGCCACAGGGGCGGCGUAACCGGCGAGAAGCAUGUACCUGCCCCUUCUGCAAGGAUGGAGAGGCCCGUGACCCAAACAAGAAGAAGCAGCACAUUUGCCACAUCAGCGGAUGUGGGAAAAUCUACGGCAAAACGUCCCACCUGCGGGCUCAUCUUCGCUGGCACACGGGAGAACGUCCCUUUGUCUGCGGCUGGGCUUUCUGCGGCAAACGAUUUACCCGCUCAGACGAGCUUCAGCGCCAUAAAAGGACACACACAGGCGAGAAAAGGUUUGUCUGUCCCCACUGUCCCAAACGCUUCAUGCGCAGCGACCACCUCUCAAAGCACAUCAAGACCCAUUUGAACAAGAAGGCAGUUGUAGUUGCCAACAGCAGCCCCACAGGUCCAGUUGAAGCUGCAUCUCCGUCUGCAGGGGAAGCCGGCACAGAGGCCGUGUCAGCCAAUGACCAGCACACCAUUGUCACCAUGGAAACCUUAUCUGCAGAGAGCCUAGCUCGAUUAGCCAGCAGUGGUAUCAACAUGAUGCAGGUGGACCUUCACCAGAUCAAUGGCAGCAGCUACUAAAUGCAGAGGAGGAAGAUGGUGGGAAUUGUAUUUGGACAUUUGUGGUUAAAAAGGGCAGGGUACUGCAGGAGCAGAACCCCUCAGAUGCAACACAACAGACUCUAAUUAAUUGUAGAACUGAGGCGGGAAUUUCAUAUCCAUCUUGUAUUUAGAUACCUGUGGCAUUUGAGGGUUGGAGGUGGAAGCUUUGAAAAAAAAAUGUUAGGCUAGAGAAAUCACUGUAAAAUCCUGUUUCCCCUGAAUGGAAAUGGCAUCACACUAACAUUUGCCCCGCACAAAUCCAGCUUUCCUUGCUCACAUGUGGGAUCGAAAUAAACAACGCAGGUCAGCACACUUCAUGUUGAAUUCAUUGUUAGUAAGAACUCGUUGAAACUUCUUCAGUGAAGAGAUCUCACUUAGUCAGGCUCCUACUUUUUACGGGGCUGGAAGUUUUGCCACUCGUCCCUCUUCAUGUGAGGAGUUUCCUCCCCAAACAGACAGAGCUGUGGUGUGCUAGCUGGCCUGCAUGAUCCUAAAAAUGUAAUUUUCUUUCUCAAUAAUCCUCCAAACCUUUAGCAGUAAAUACUGAUGUAUCAGAUUGCUAUGGUUACAUAAAUGGUAGAACUGGAUGUGUUUUACAAAUGAGCAUUUCCGGUAUAAUGGGAAUUAUGUUUAUACAGCGUUACAUGCUUACAUGAGGUCACCGCUAGAUGGGGUCAGAAGCACUAAUCUGUGUGAGGAUGUAGGUGUCAGGGCACUGAAAUCCUGAGGAUAACUCUAACCUCUUGUAAGUACAAACAUUCAAGCCAUUAUGCUUUAAUAUCUGUGUGAUAGCAAAGCAUCUAGUGUUUUUCUUUUUUAUGCCUGUGUGUAUAAUUUGUAAAGGCUAUAGAAAUUCUUAGCAUAGUCAGGAUCAUCUUACAUGAUUGCAGGAAAUUGCCUUUCAAUUGUCUGAACCUGUAAUGUACAAUCAAUCUUAAUCUUGUUACUUUUAUAUACAUAUAUAUAUAUAAAUUUGUAAACGUCAGAGCCUUCCUAUCUUGGAACAUGUUUCACAGUCCAGGUCUUCCAGUUCUUUUCUCCCCCUGCCUGUUGGUAUACCUAUCUUAAUCAGUUUUUUUAUAUUUUUAUUUUUCCUUUGGGGGAACUAUUUGAGUCAUUCAUGGCCAGAGUGAACAUUUUGCAAUAAUGUCUAGUGAGCGUGAAUAUAAAAGCUCAAACCAAAGGUUCAUACAUAUUUUAAAGGAAAACUAGGAACCAACUUUGGUCGAUAAACUUUCUAACACUUGUAUUACUUGUACUAAAGUUAUAACUGGAACAGAUUCAGCUUGAGGCACAGGUUGGAUUUAUUUCCCUUUGUUGUCCAAUUAAGCGAAUUGAGAAGUGCAGUGACAUGUGCUAUCCAUUACUUUUUUUUUGCUUUACAAUUAUGCUUUGAGAAACAAUUGUAACCUGUGCAAUGUUUGUGUAAAAUCUUGAAAAUUAAGUUCUUUGGACAACAAGUGCUCUUAUUUCUUUGCUGAAUUUUAAAUGAGGGAUUUUAUAUUGUGUUUAUACAACUACUGCAAAUGCCAAGAGCUGGAUUAAAAUGACAUCU